GACUGGUUCCGCCAUGGCCCCAUGGCUGGGCAGUUGUUCUGGUUCACCUGAAAACGUGGGCAAAAAGCUGUGGAAGUGCCCGGCGUGGUGUUGCACGCCUUUGGUCCCAGCCCUUGGGAGGCAGAGGUGACUGUGAAUGACCAAGUUAUGGCAGUAUGGCUGAACCAGUCGUCCAUAGAUGGAUUCAUCCUCUUGGGCAUCUUCUCCCAUAGCCAGACUGACCUUGUCCUCUUUUCUGCAGUUAUGGUGGUCUUCAUGGUGGCCCUCUGUGGGAAUGUUCUCCUCAUCCUCCUCAUCUACGCAGACCCCCGGCUUCACACGCCCAUGUACUUCUUCCUCAGUCAGCUCUCCCUCAUGGACCUCAUGCUGGUCUGCACCAUUGUGCCGAAGAUGGUGGUCAACUUCCUGUCUGGCAGUAAAUCCAUCUCCUUUGUGGGCUGUGGUAUACAAAUUGGACUUUUUGUCUCCCUUGUGGGGUCUGAGGGGCUCCUGCUGGGCCUCAUGGCUUAUGACCGCUAUGUGGCCAUUACUCACCCACUUCAUUAUCCCGCCCUGAUGAGUCAAAGAGUCUGUCUCCAGAUUGCUGGGAGCUCCUGGGCUUUUGGGAUCCUGGAUGGAAUGAUUCAGAUGGUGGCUGCAAUAAGCUUACCGUACUGUGGCUCGAGGUAUGUGGAUCACUUCUUCUGUGAGGUGCCAGCUUUGCUCAAACUGGCCUGUGCAGACACGUCCCUUUUUGAUACUCUGCUCUUUGCUUGCUGCGUCUUCAUGCUGCUCCUCCCCUUCUCCAUCAUCGUGGCCUCCUACGCUCGCAUCCUGGGCGCUGUGCUCCGCAUGAACUCUGCUCAGGCCCGACAAAAGGCUCUGGCCACCUGUUCCUCCCACCUGACAGCUGUUUCUCUCUUCUACGUGGCAGCCAUGUUCAUCUACCUGAGGCCAAGGCGAUACCGGACCCCGAGCCAUGACAAAGUUGUCUCCCUCUUUUACACGGUCCUUACUCCCAUGCUGAACCCUCUCAUUUAUAGCUUGAGGAACCGGGAGGUGAUGGGGGCUCUGCGGAAGGGGCUGCGCCGCUGUAGGAUUGGAAGCUAG